CGUGCGGCUCCGCUCGGUGCCGCAUUGUUAACGGGCACCAGGACCCCCCGCGGGCACGUCAUCUCGCCUCAGCGGGGUCCAGCGUCGUCCUCCGCACACGUCUGCAUGUCAAUCUAAAAAAAAAGUAGCUCAAAUAGAAAAGAAGUUUGGUGAGCGACCUCAGCGUUUGACACGGGAAGCCAUGAGGAACUACUUGAAGGACAGAGACGACCAAACGGUGCUCAUACUGCACGCAAAAGUUGCACAGAAGUCGUACGGCAAUGAGAAGAGGUUUUUCUGCCCUCCGCCGUGCGUGUACCUGAUGGGCAGCGGCUGGAAGAAGAAGCUGGAGAGCAUGGAGAAGGACGGCUGCACGGAGCAGGAGGCCCAGCCGUGUGCCUUCAUCGGGAUCGGCAACAGCGAGCAGGAGAUGCAGCAACUCCACCUGGAGGGGAAGCACUUCUGCACGGCUAAGACGCUGUACAUCAGCGACUCGGACAAGAGGAAGCACUUCAUGCUGUCGGUGAAGAUGUUGUACGGCAACAGCGCCAACAUCGGCUUCUUCCUCAGCAAGAGGAUCAAGGUCAUCUCCAAGCCCUCCAAGAAGAAGCAGUCCCUGAAGAAUGCCGACUUGUGUAUAGCAUCGGGCACCAAGGUGGCGCUGUUCAACCGCCUGCGCUCCCAGACGGUCAGCACCAGGUACCUCCACGUGGAGGGGGGGAACUUUCUCGCGAGCUCCCAACAGUGGGGGGCUUUCUACAUUCACCUGUUGGACGACGAGGAGUCCGAAGGGGAGGAGUUCGCCGUGAGAGACGGCUACAUCCACUACGGCCAGACGGUCAAGUUGGUCUGUUCCGUCACUGGCAUGGCGCUGCCCCGGCUGGUCAUUCGCAAAGUGGACAAGCAGACGGCGUCCAUGGACGCAGAUGACCCCGUGUCGCAGCUCCACAAGUGUGCCUUCUACCUGAAAGAUACGGACCGAAUGUACCUGUGUCUCUCGCAGGAGAGGAUCAUCCAGUUCCAGGCCACACAGUGCUCCAAAGAGGCUAACAAGGAGAUGGUCAACGACGGGGCUUCCUGGACGAUCAUCAGCACUGACAAGGCCGAGUACACCUUUUAUGAGGGCAUGGGCCCCGUCCCCACGCCGGUCACACCGGUCCCCGUGGUGGAAAGUCUGCAGCUAAACGGCGGCGGAGACGUGGCGAUGUUGGAGCUGACCGGACAGAACUUCACCCCGAAGCUGAGGGUGUGGUUCGGAGACGUGGAGGCCGACACCAUGUACAGAUGCGGCGAGAGCGUCCUGUGCGUGGUGCCGGACAUCUCGGCCUUCCGGGAGGGCUGGCGCUGGGUGAGACAGCCGGUCCAGGUCCCCGUGACGCUAGUGCGCAACGACGGGGUCAUCUACUCCACCGCCCUCACCUUCACCUACACCCCCGAGCCGGGGCCGCGGCCCCACUGCAGCGCCACGGGGGCCAUCCUGCGGACGCGCAGCGGCUCCUCGUCCUCGCCGGCGUCCUCGUCCUCGCCGUCGUCCUCGCUGGGCGGCCUCGGGGACGGCCACGGGGCGUACAGCGGCAGCGACUCGGGCGUGUCGUCGGGGGCGUCGACCAUGUCGCUGCUGUCCUAGUGACUCGAGAGCCGGAGGGGCUCGUGGACCCGAGAGGGCGGCGGGCAAAGAGAGACGUGGAGGGUAACUGAAGACUCUUUGUCUCCCUCACCUGGUUUGUUUUGGACAUGUCAACAGGGUGCACUAGAAGGACUGCGAUAGUCAAGAUGUUCACCUGAAAGAAGAAGAAGAAGAAGAAGAUUACUAAUCUGCCGUCUAACUCGCAGCAAACACAAGAGGCAUCUUGUUUUUGUUUGUAGGCUGUUUCCACUUUGCUCUGUGAGAUCAUGUUCUGACUGAAAAUCUGUUGUAUGCAAGGGAAAUGUUCUAAGAGUAACAUAGUUUUUACGGACCAAGGAAUAUCUUUAUUUUUUAUUUUAUUCAUAUUAUAUUUUAUAAGCUUGUGCUGAGGUACAUAUUGAAUAUUUUUCCUUCCUUCUUUUCGGUAUGAUUCUGCAUAGAGUUCACUUUUUUUACCAAAUAGAAUUUGUGUUUGUUUCGAUCUUCAAUCCACGUCAGCAUGUUGAACCGAUCCAACCCCCAGAAAACAUGACGCCCACUUUUUAUAUCAAAGAUUACAUUGUGCGUGUGCCUGUGUGUGUCUGUGUGUGGGUGUGUGUUCUGGGAGACCAAGGCCGAUGUUCUAAUCACUGCUGUUUGUUUUUUUACCAGAGUGCUUAAACUCAAGUCUAAUCAGUGCCUCUUUUACCACAGCAGUGAAGCUUAGAAAAAGGAAAAAAUGACAGCACUAAGUUUGUGUAAAACCUGGGCACAUAAAGAUUUCCUUUCGUGCAGAUGGCGCGGCCAUUUUGGAGGGCACUUAAAGGGACAGUUCACCCCAAAUUCAGCAGCACAUAAUGUUCAUCAUACCUGUAGCGCUAUUAUCAAGGGAGGGACAAGGCGCCUAAAAUAAAUGCAUUUUAAACCACAGAAGUCAUGAUGAUAACUCAUGUCGUGAGCAGUUUUGUGAGGGAACUAUGAAAGCGUAAUGGGACUAACGAGUUUUGGUGUUUAUAGUGCCUUAUAGUCCCAUCACGGUAGAGGGGGAAGGCGUUUUACGUCAAAUAUGGCGUCUGACUGCGAGUGCAAUAGAACGCCUCUAACACAGCGGGACGAGGAGGGGACUUGACUUUUCUAAACUUACCACGCCUCCUCGGAACGGCUGUUUUUGGAGAGUUUGUGCGUCAUUAAUGGAUAUCAGUGUCUUUGCUCACAUUCUUGCCCCCCCCCCCCUUCCCAUGAUGAAAAUGCUCCAUCUUUUCAUACUGCUGUAUUAGUCUUUUACAAGGUAAAGCAAUCCUACUUGGGAAUGUGUUGAAUAAAAAUGAGCUGAAGCUAAA